GGCUGUGAUCAAAACAAACAAACCCUUUUUCACCUUUUACCACCACCAUCGCCACCACCACGAGUUUUCCACCUCUAGCUUCCCACCUCCACGCUCGUUACCCAACAAACUAGAGAGAAAACCACAAGACGGAAUGUCAACCGAAACUACAGCUACCCGCCUCGCCACUCUAAAAGCGCAAGCCGCAAAAUCAUAUGCUCAGAAGGACUACUCUGCCGCCUCUGACUUUUACGCGCAAGCAUGUGAACUCCAGUCUAGUAUCAAUGGGGACGAUAACCCGCAGAACGCGCAUUUACUGUACUUGUACGGACGUUCGCUGUUCCAGGUUGCGCUGAGGAGGAGCGAUGUUUUAGGCGGGAAGCCGGCUGAAGAGCAAGGCGAGAAGGAGAAGAAGGGCGGAAAAGGCAAGGGGAAGGGGAAGGAUGUUAGUGACGCUGAAGGGGAGGGAGAUGAUGGGAAGCUGAAAGCUCCACUGCCUGCAGUUGGUACUAAGGGAGGGUUCUUUUCGUUUACGGGAGAUGAGAAUUGGGAUGAUUCUGAGGAGGAGGGGGAGGGUGCAGAUGCUGAGGAGGAUGGGGAUGCGGGAAAAGAAGGCGAUGAUGAUUUCACACUCGCCUGGGAGAUCUUGGACUUUGCGAGGGUGUUGUUUGUGAAGCAGCUUGGGUCUUCUACUUCCUCCGAUCAGUCUGCCGGGGAUGACACUACCUCCGCUAAAGCCGCUGAUGGCCCGACCACCGGAACUGAUGAGGCCAAACCCACCGCCCAGGAAACUAUAGCUGACGCCUCCAGCGAUCCAAUAACCUCAAUUCCUAGCCCCGACUCUGCACUCCCUACCACUUCUGCCAUCCCUACCUCUACCCCCGCCGAAGCUAAGCCCGACAUUAAAACGCUCCAAACUGCUCUGGCAGACACCUACGACCUCCUCGGCGAAGUCUCGCUAGAAUCUGAGUCCUUCCCUCAAGCCACAAAAGACCUUCGCUCCUCCCUAGAGCUAAAACUUAAAUUAUACCCCCCCUCAUCAACCCUCAUUUCCGAAGCGCACUUCAAACUCUCCCUCGCCCUGGAAUUCGCUGCCGCUGGUGAGGGUGUUACUAAUGACGACCGCCGCAAAGGACGCGAGAGCGCGGCGGUGCAGAUGGAGCUUGCGAUAGCAAGCUGCCGCGCUAGGAUUGCUAAGGAGGAAGCAGAAUUGAAGGAGCUCGGUGCGGAGGGAGAUAAAGAUGGCAAGGCGAAGAAGAGCCUUGAAGAGGCAAGAGAGAUGGUGGGAGAGCUGGAAGUCAGGGUUUGUUUCUCCUGCUUUCACCACCGUUCUAUAGCUAACAAUUACGUACGAUAGCUUGCCGACCUACGCUUGGCGACACCACCGCCCACCCUAGCAGAAGUCCAGGACGAUGACCAACUCCGUGGGAUCCUCGGCCAAGUUCUUGGUGAAGAUCCUGAAGAAGCAAGGAAGAGGAUUGCAGAGGUUGUCGGGCGCGCGAAUGAUCUCUCGGGGCUGGUUCGGAAGAAGCCUGUGUCCGCGCCUACAGAGCCGGCAGCUGCUGCGGCGGGGGCGAGCACAGUCAUUGUGCCAACCAACGGUGGAAAGAGGAAGCUGGAAGACGUAGUCGAGGAGGAACCCGUCGAAGAACUUGAAAUACCCAAGAAGGUGAAGUUGCAGGAUGAAGCUAAGCCUGAAGCUGAAGUUGAGGCGGCAGAGAAGGUUGAAGUUGAGGCGGAGCCUUAGUUUGCAAAAAUCACAUUUGCCCUGUAGUUUUAACUUUAUGGAUGGACGGGGGUUUUUCUAUCUUUUUUUUCUUUUCUUUUCUUUUCCGCUUUGGUUAACCUUUUCUUAAGGCUAAUUUAUGUUGCUUGCUCGUGUUUGAGGUUGCGUGGGUGGGGUUAAUUCACUGGACUGGGAGAUUGGAAAUGAGGAAGCAAAAAUGCGCAUCUUGCCGGAUAGGAUGUAUUACUGUACGUUAGGUUUUAUGACAUUGGAAGCUCGGAGUCAGUGCUGUUACUCUCCUUACCGG